AUGCCAUUUGUAACACAGUUCUCUAGUUCUUCGCCUGGAACCCACGUUGAGCAGCAGCAGCUGGGCUGUCACUUCUCAUAUCCCGUCUCUUCGCCUCCCUCGCGUGGCACAUCGUCCCAGACAGACUGCAAGUCUACGACAACCGGCAUGGCCGACUCCAACCUCUCCACCAACGGCAGCGGCGAGUUCUGGCUGUACGGUUAUGGUGAAGAUCACAGGGGUACGCCCGAGGCUCCCGGCCGCGUUGUCACUCUCAUUGAACGUUCAUUCUGGGAGCAACUAACCGACCAUCACGACUCCGCACCCGAACGCGUCUGGGGUGUCGCCUACCGUAUCAAGGCCGACAAGGUCGCCGAGGUCAAGGAUUAUCUUGACAUUCGCGAGAUCAACGGCUAUACGAUUCACUACGCCCCUUUCUACCCAGCUGAUAGCUCCGAGCCAAUACGCACACUCGUGUACAUUGGUACCCCGGACAACGACCAGUUCGUUGGCCCACAGGAUCCUCAGGCUCUCGCCGCCCUUAUUCACAAGAGCCGCGGCCCGAGUGGGCUAAACAUCGACUACCUUCUAGGCCUUGAGGAAGCUCUUAACGGACUGAGCCCAGAGAGUGGCGACGUCCACAUCACCGACCUCUCCAACCGGGUACGGGCCAUCAUCGCCGCCGCGGUGAUAUCGCACGACGCUACCUCGGCCCAACCACACCUGUCUGCUGUCGGCGGUAACUUCAAGCAAGAAACCAGUGUCAAGGAACAGGGGGAGACAGAAAAGACAGACUGA